UUGGGUGAAUAUCAAGCGGCUCAUGACUUGUUUUUUUUAUUUAUUUUAUCAGGUUGGGCUCAAUAUAGAUAAGUUUGUGUCUGCCAACCUGGAGGUGGGAGGAACACGCUCCACUGCGUAUCAGUUUGCCACAGAAAGGACCAGAGAGGAUCGCUACUCCUUCAGCAUUCACAGGGUCACCUGCAGCCAUUAUCGUUACCGUGUGUCAGGCAGGCCGCCCCUCAGCUCUGAGUUCAGGAAGGACUUGGCCAGGCUGCCAAAUCACUACAACUCGUCCACCAAGGCUCAGUACAGUGAGCUCAUACAUACCUACGGGACACACUACAUCCGACAGGUUUAUCUUGGUGGGCGACUCAGGCGUGUCACAGCUGCUCGUGUCUGUUUGUCCUCGCUGAAUGGGCUCUCCUCAAGCGAGGUCCACUCCUGCUUAUCGCUGGGUGUCUCCGUAGGUCUCGGGAAGGUGACUUUAUCUGGUUCCCAACAGUCUUGUAACAACGUCCUACAGAACCAGGACACUUCCAACUCAUACAGCUCUGGUCUCCACCAACACUACACAGUGGUGGCAGGAGGCACUGGUUGGAUGGGGGAGUUUUCAAUCGCUCAUAAUGACUCCCAGGGUUACAUGAAUUGGCUCAGCACCCUCAAGGACCACCCGGAUAUCGUUUCAUACUCUCUUAGGCCAAUGUACGAGCUGGUUCCUACUGCAACACAGAAGGCAGGGAUGAUGGCUGCCGUGGAGCAGUACUUAGAAGACAAUGCUGUGAAAAUCUCACCCAAAGAACCAGACUGUGGGAGACACACUCCCAACCUGAGGUCCAACUGUUGUCCUCAAGAGGCCUCAAGGGGAGCGCUGGUGGUGACCAUCAUCAGAGGCUGGAAUCUACAAGGAGAUCUAAUGGGCAGGACUGAGAGCUAUGCUAAGAUGUGGUACGGUUCCAUCUAUCACAGGACUCAUAUGAUCCACUCAAACGACCCCUGGUGGAACGCUCGCUAUAAUCUGGGGAAGGUGGACACACACUUGGGCUUGAAGGUUGAGGUUUGGGACGAGGACUUGCAACAUGAUGACCUUCUGGGAUCAUGUACCUGGACUCUGAGCCAGGGGACACACAGAUUAACCUGUCCAGCCAAGAAAGGUGGCUUUGAGAUCGAGUACACACUGACCUGUGACCCAUAUCUGACUGGAGACAGGUGUAACCGGUACAAACCAUCUCCAUAGCAAGAAACCAUUUUGACUUAUGGACUUCAAAAUGAAAACCAAUAUAUAUAAUUUUGUUUGGUUUUCUGCUGAUUAGAAUUAUAAAUACAGAUCUUAUGGAAAUGAAGACUCAAAAAGAAAAUGGGUUAGAACUGUGUUCUUUCCAAAGCUAUGGGUACACA